UUGUCAUUAAAUGUGCUGACUGGGGGCAAAUAUGAUUUUGAAUUAUUUAACAGACAUAUGCAGGUUAGCCUGGUGUUGAUGGGACUGGUAGAUAUUGACAUGUUAAGAUCAGGGCCUGUACUGAAAGACAAGGACACUGGGGAUGUUAGUAAAUUCCUCAACAGGAUCCUUGGACUAAGUGUGGAAAAACAGAACAUGAUCUUCACUUACUUCACAGAAUGUAUGAAACUUGGUAUAGAUAAUGCAAAGAAAGAGGGAAGGUAUAAUGAGGGGAUGCUGGAUAUAACUGCCUCGUCUGUAGAGAUGGUCGGAAAACCAAAGGAAAUCUUCAAAGAGUUCAACAAAGGUCACACUUCCACCAGACUAGUGGAGUUAAACAUAGACCGCGGAAUGAGCUGGGAACAAGCUAUAACAAGGGCAGAUAAUCACAGCCAGAAACAAGAUGGGUUUUAUAUCUCCAGACGAGAUGUAUGGGGCAAGAAACUAUUUAUUCUAGCUACACAGAAAGAGAACUCCACACAUCUGUUUAAAAUAGCAAGACCAAACACAGGGUUAUCAUUCUUUGAAGAGGAGAAAACAGAUCUGUUGCAGAGAUAUACUAAAAUAGAUAGAGCUGAUGCAGAGAAAGGAUGGAAAGAACAGUAUGAAACUACAAAGUCAAGUUGUGUACAUGGCUCUCAUUGUAAGAAUAAAGACUUUUGUAAAGUUGGAAGUCGUUGCUAUAGUCUACAUCUUCUAUGUGGUAGUAUAGUUACAUACAUGAGUAUCCUGGAGAGUACACUCAAUCGCAAUGCAACCAAGCUGAAUCUCAGUAAAACAGAAUCAUCUAUUCGUGUUGUAAGAGUAAAGUUAAAUGAUGGUGAACGUGUAGUAGGAAUAAGAUAUCCACAAAUUCUCAUACCAGAGGUGGAGAAAACACUGAAAGAACAGCGAUUUAUAGAGAAUGCUCAACAAUCUCAACCUCAGAUGUCACAGUACUUUCCAUCUAGUCAGGGAGUGUAUAAUGGACUCUCCCAAGCAAUCAUGAUGUCACAAGGCAUUAAUGGACUACCCUCUGGCACCAGUGGACUACUCCAAGGAAGUCAGCUAUCCCAGAAUUCCAACAGUACCACUGCAUUUCAAAAUGGACUAUCCCAGUCAUCGAGUGGACUUUACCAGAUGCCAAAUACAACUACAGUCAUUUCAAAUGAUUCCAAUUCAUCGGAACAAAAUAAACUGCCAAAUGGAUCAAGUUCGGAUACUCAAAAAACAGUUGUUCAGGAUGUCACACCAGUUAAUUCUAAAUGUUUAGCAAAGGCACUAAAACCUCCAGUGACCAUAAAAAACUUUUUUAAAACCUCUUCAACUCUCAAAAAUGAAAGCAGUGAAAGCAGCGAUUGUAGGAAUGUAGGCAAUAAAUUAGAUACAGUAAAAGUUACAAAAGAAGUAAAAGUUACAAAAGAAAUAAGUUACGAAACUUUUCUGAAAAGAGCAGACGUGGGUGAAACAAGUAGUGCAUGUUCUUCUAUGGACUUGGAUAGUAAAUCUGAAGAAGAUAACAGUAAUGAAUGCAAGGUAACGAAAGUUGAAAUUGAAGAUACCAGUAGUAAUUCGAGCUCAAAUUCUAAAAUGGAUUCUUCAAGCUCUUCAUAUUUUACGACCAGUUCUUCAAAGAAGAGAAGCUUGGACUAUCCAUCAAGCUCUCAGCCUAGCAAAAAGCCCAAACAGGCUACGCUGUUUUCAACAUUGAAGAAAAUGAAGACAAAGAAAGAGGAGGAAGAGAAUAAAUCUGCGACUUGUCCAAUCUGUUGUAAGGUUUUUGAGAAGGGUAUUUCAAAUGCAGAUUUGAAUUCUCAUAUAGAUAACUGUAUCAUAGAGUGAAUUGACUGUGAUAAA